CAGGCGAGCGCCGGCGGGCGGGAGGAGGGAGGCGCCGGGGGCGCGCGCGCGCGCUGGGCGCUGCUGGGCUGCGGCGGCGGCGGUUACUAUGGCGGAGUCGGCCGGAGCCUCCUCCUUCUUCCCCCUUGUUGUCCUCCUGCUCGCCGGCAGCGGCGGGUCUGGGCCCCGGGGGAUCCAGGCUCUGCUGUGUGCCUGUACCAGCUGCCUACAGACCAACUACACGUGUGAAACAGAUGGGGCCUGCAUGGUCUCCAUCUUCAACCUGGAUGGCAUGGAGCACCAUGUGCGCACCUGCAUCCCCAAGGUGGAGCUGGUCCCUGCUGGAAAGCCCUUCUACUGUCUGAGCUCUGAGGAUCUGCGCAAUACCCACUGCUGCUAUACUGACUUCUGCAACAAGAUUGACCUCAGGGUGCCCAGCGGGCACCUCAAGGAGCCUGAGCACCCCUCCAUGUGGGGCCCCGUGGAGCUGGUGGGCAUUAUCGCUGGCCCAGUCUUCCUCCUGUUUCUCAUCAUCAUCAUUGUUUUCCUUGUCAUCAACUAUCACCAGCGUGUCUACCACAACCGCCAGAGACUGGACAUGGAGGACCCCUCGUGUGAGAUGUGUCUCUCCAAAGACAAGACACUGCAGGAUCUUGUCUACGAUCUCUCCACGUCAGGGUCUGGCUCAGGGUUACCCCUCUUUGUUCAGCGCACGGUGGCCCGAACCAUUGUUUUACAAGAGAUAAUCGGCAAGGGCCGGUUUGGUGAAGUAUGGCGUGGCCGCUGGCGAGGUGGUGAUGUGGCUGUGAAAAUCUUCUCUUCUCGUGAAGAGCGGUCAUGGUUCCGGGAAGCAGAGAUCUACCAGACAGUCAUGCUGCGCCACGAAAACAUCCUUGGAUUUAUUGCUGCUGACAAUAAAGACAAUGGCACCUGGACCCAGCUGUGGCUUGUCUCUGACUAUCAUGAGCAUGGUUCCCUGUUUGAUUAUCUGAACCGCUACACAGUGACCAUUGAGGGGAUGAUUAAGCUGGCCUUGUCUGCAGCUAGUGGGUUGGCACACCUGCACAUGGAGAUUGUGGGCACUCAAGGGAAGCCCGGAAUUGCUCAUCGAGACUUAAAGUCAAAGAACAUCCUGGUGAAGAAGAAUGGCAUGUGUGCCAUUGCAGACCUGGGCCUGGCUGUCCGUCAUGAUGCAGUUACUGACACCAUUGACAUUGCUCCAAAUCAGAGGGUGGGAACCAAACGAUACAUGGCUCCUGAAGUACUUGAUGAAACCAUCAACAUGAAGCACUUUGACUCCUUCAAGUGUGCCGAUAUCUAUGCUCUUGGACUUGUAUACUGGGAGAUUGCUCGAAGAUGCAAUUCUGGAGGAGUCCACGAAGACUAUCAACUGCCAUAUUAUGAUUUAGUGCCCUCCGACCCUUCUAUUGAGGAAAUGAGAAAGGUCGUCUGUGACCAGAAGUUACGGCCCAACGUCCCCAACUGGUGGCAGAGUUAUGAGGCUUUGCGGGUGAUGGGGAAGAUGAUGCGGGAGUGCUGGUAUGCCAAUGGUGCUGCCCGCCUGACAGCGCUGCGCAUCAAGAAGACUCUGUCCCAGCUGAGCGUGCAGGAAGACGUGAAGAUCUGAGCUGCUCCUCUGCCUACACAAAGAACCUGGGCAGUGAGGGUGACUGCAGCCACCGUGCAAGCGUACUGGAGGCCUACCUCUUGUUUCUGCCCAGCCCUCUGGCCAGAGCCCUGGCCUGCAAGAGGGACAGAGCCUGGGAGAUCGCACACUCCCAUAUUGGGUUUGAGACAUAGACACUUUUUAUAUUUACCUCCUGAUGGCAUGGAGACUCUGAGAGCAAAUUACGUAGAGAACUCGAUGCCACAAGUCGAACUGCUUGCAUUGGGAAGUACACAAAACCCAGUGCAUCUGUCCUGUAGCCAGGAAUGGUGAAGGGGUGCUGGGCUCUCCCCGGAGCAGUCCUUAUGCCUUGUGGUCUGCUGGACUGCAGGUUUUCCUCCAGGGACCAGUCAACCUGGCACCAAGGUAUUCAGAGCAACCGGAAGUGUAGCCCCUCUCACAGGCAGUCCUGAGCCACACACACCAUCCCCUUCCUCAUGGACAUCUGAAGGGACUGCCACUAGAGAUACCACCUGCUGCCUGUCUGUCCAGCCAAGUGUGCAUGUGCCGAGGUGUGUCCCACAUUGUGCCUGGUCUGUGCCAUGCCCUUACACGUGUGUGUAUGUGUGUCUGUAGGUGCACACUUAUCUGCUUGAGCUUUCUGUGCAUGUGCAGGCCAGGGUGUGGUGGCCAUACUGUCUCUGAGUACUGGCACCUGUCACAGUGAGCGGCAUCUCAUUAACCUGGUGCCCUCCUGAAAGUCCCUCCCGUCCCUAGCUCCUGUCAGGGUGGCCCUCUUCUCAGCAAGCUGAUUGCCCACCCUGUAUCACAGGCCCUCCUCUUCCAUUCAGACCAGAACCAAAGCUGGCCCACUUGUCCAUGGUAGGAGAGGCUUUUGGGUCAAAAUGGGGGUGGGGGGAGAAUGAGCAGAGGGAGGAAGACUAUCCUGCAAGUCUUGGGUGUUGUGUUUCAGUAUCAGCCAUGGGAAAUGAGCCAGCCCAAGGGCAUCUUCCUCAACAGCAGUGAGGAAGGGCCAAGGGAUCUGAAGCCAGAUCUCGGGACUCAGAUUGGAAUGUGACAUCUGUUUGUCCCACCCCAGAUUCUACAAACUGCAGUGUAUAUUUUUGGUGGUGGUGGUGGUGGUGGUGGGUUUGGGGUGGGAAGGGUUGGGCUGCAGGGAGUGGGGAGGGAGCCAAGGGUGGGAGGGAGGCAUCUGCAUGAGCCUUCUUGUACUGGAAUCUCUGAUGAGGGUAGAGGGAAGAUGAGAGAUUGGAAUUCACUUCAGGAUCCCCACUGAAGGGAGCAGUCUGAGUUAAAUAAUGGUGUUUAACCUAAGUGUAGUAUUUAAUGAAUUCUAGAAGCCUGGCUAUGGGUGGUGAUUUGGUCAGCAUAUCUUAGGUAUAUAAUAACUUUGAAGCCAUAACUUUUAACUGGAGUGGUUUAUUUUAAUUCAUUUUAUUUUAUUUUAUUGGGAGGGUCAGGAUUUUAACUUUAAUACUGUUAAGUUUUUGUAAAAGGAAAACCAUCUCUAUGUGACAAUUACCUCUUAGUCUGUUUGUUUUUAAAGAAAUCCCUAAAACAAACAAAACACCACAAAAAAAAUUCUCUAGAAUCAAACGCACAUAGUUCAGUCACUGGAAACGUUUGUCUUUGCACCUGAGCCUGUUUCCACUCAGCAGUGAGUUCCUCCUCCCCCUGGGGACGUGGUGUCUUGUAUUCCAUGCACACCCCCAUCCCUGAGCACCCUCAGCCUCUUGUGCAUUGUCCAUGUGGUUGCUCCCUUUCCAGACAUUUGCUCAGCAUAUUUGGGUCGAGUGCUGGAGCUGGGAGGACCUCUGCGAAUGGGACAGGCUUGGGUGCUACACCGGGAGCAUGGGAGGAGGAAUGGAAUCAUGUGAGUGGAUGAGCACCCGCUUUGAGAGCAGAAGGGCCCGUGGCUGGUUCUGAGAGCCUUUAUGAGCUUGGGAUUACUGUUCUUAAGACCACUGAGGAGAGGAGCCUGUGUCCCCUCGGGCAGAGAGACCCGUUGGUGAGCAAUGAGGCCUGGAGUUCAGAAACCCAGGUGAGACCCCAAAGCACUGCCUUGGUUGUGUGCCCCUUCCUGCCCCAGGGGAGGCAUGAGUGUGUAUCUGCAGGGAAACUGCCUGCAGUCCAGCUUCUCCUGCCUUGUUCUCCCCAUGUUCUUGGCCUUUCUAUUUAUUUCCUGAUGUAUAACUUCUUUCCUUGCAUUAAAGGGGAUCUUCCUUUAAUUCUUUGGGCCAAUUUACUGGCCAUUGAACAAUUUCCCUUGAGUCCCAGUUGUGUCAUUGGGGGAACCUCUUAACCCAUCCCUGCUGACAUCCCACCCCCACCCUGCAGCUGCACCUUCGUGAUUACAGGUGACGAUGGAACUGUAGAGUCCUCUGCUGUCCUCCAGCAUACACCCACACAGCGGCUCCCGUGCCACCAUCCUACUCCUGGGGGCCCUUCUGCUCCCAGUGUGUAGUCCAGCUCGUCCGCCUCUCAGGAAGACUUGAGCAGGUUUGGGGGAAACUUCACCCCUGUCCCACUACUCUUUACAUUAAGCUGAGAGUUGGGAGAAACUGAAGCUGUGUUUUGGUUCCCCGAGGCUACCCUGAUCCACAGGGCUACCUGCACCUCUGGAUUCUGGAUUCACAGACCAAGUCCAAGCCCGUUCUUAGGUCGCCGCUAUCAAGGCUCCUGAACGGCAUUCUCGGUACUUCUGUUUGUUUUUUGUACAAUUUAUUAGAAAGGAUUGUAAAAUAGCCACUUAGACACUUUACCUCUUCAGUAUGCAAAUGUAAAUAUAUUGUAAUAUAGGAAAUUUUUUGUUUUAAUAUAAGAACGAGCCUGUCCAAUUUCUGCUGUACAUCAUUAAAGUUUUAUUCACAGA